AUGUCAUCCCCUGUCGCUCAGAAACCUCAAUUAACAGGUAGGUUGAUAUCAACAAUUGCUAUAAUAUGUUUAGGUUCACUUCAAUUCGGUUAUCAUAUGGCCGAAUUGAAUUCGCCGGAAUCUAUUAUAUCUUGUCAAACCUCCAAACCAGGAAAAGUCCCUUAUGAAGAAUCAUGGUUCGGUAGUCAUAAUUUUGCAAAGUGUAUUCCAUUGAGUCCCGAAAAUGUAGGCUUAAUAACAUCUAUAUUCAGCAUUGGUGGGUUAAUAGGAUCCUUCUAUAUUGGAUCGUUUGCUGAUAAGCUUGGAAGAAGAAAGACGUCAUUGAUACACUGCAGUAUCUAUUUCCUUGGUUCUAUGCUAAACGGAUUAAGCAACAGUUAUUAUAUGCUAUUAUUGGGAAGAUUUAUAGCAGGAUUGGGCGCAGGCGCCGCUCUAGUGACGACCCCAAUAUUUAUCAAUGAGAUAGCUCCUUCUGAUUAUAGAGGCUUUUUGGGUUCAAUGAACCAGGUAUCUGUAAAUAUUGGAAUCUUGUUUACUCAGUUGUUAGCAUUGGUCUGGUGUAAUGAUAACAAUUGGAGGUUGCUAUUGAUAAUGGGAGCCGUCAUUGCUCUUGCUAAUUUUUUGCUUAUUGCACUCUACGUAGACGAGUCCCCAAUGUGGUUGUUGAAUAAAGGAUUUAGUGGUAGGGCUGCAACUGUUUUACAAAAAUUGAGAGGAGGCGAUUACGUCCAAUCCAGAAACGAGGUACAUAGAUGGAGAAAUCCAGGUGACAACUCGGUUGAAAAUGACACUCUUUUGGAUACUACCGAUAGUGAUGUCAAUGAAGAUAUAACCCCUUCAAGAGACUCAUCGGUCUCCCUCGAAGCUUACAUGAAAUCAUCUGAAUUCCAUAACUCUAAGGUGGUUGCAACUGGUAUCUUGAUUUUUCAACAAUUCUGCGGUAUAAAUUCUAUAAUUUUCUACGGUGUCUCGGUGCUUGUCGCAAUAUUUCCCAAACAUGCAAUAUUCAUCAACUGCCUCAUCUCGGUAGUUAAUGUCGUCGUUACGUUUGGUGCUGCACCACUCACAGAUAAAUUGGGCCGUAAACCCCUAUUAUUAACAUCUGUAUCUGUUAUGGGGCUCCUGACAAUCAUAAUGGGCAUUGCAAUCAUCUCCAGCAGUUCAAUCUUAUCUAUAGUAGGUACGUUUUCCUACAUUACCUUUUUCGCAGUCGGUUUGGGACCAAUCCCAUUCCUCCUUGUCAGCGAAGUUACCCAACCAAAGGCUAAGGCACUGGCCCAGAGUUGGGGAACCACCAUGAACUGGCUUGCCACGUUCAUAGUCGGCUUCUUGUUUCCCAUUUUAAAAAAUUCCUGGAUAGGUGGGGGAGUUUACUUCAUAUUCACCCUCAUGUGUGCCGUAUCCUUUGUUUUCAUCAAGUACUGGAUUCCAGAAACAAAAGGUGCAAAUUCAUACGAAGAGGUAUGGGGAUUACCACUCAGAACAGAUUGA